AAAAUUUUCCACUUUUGACAGCUUACAAAGUAAAAUUUUUUUAGCACGUCGUUUAAGAAUUUUUUAGGAAAGUUGCAAAUAUUAUAAUAAAUAUAUUUGAAAAUUAAGCAUAUACUAGCAAAGGCUAUAAAAUGGACGGACCGCCACCUCCAAGAGAUGUUAGUCUGCGUAAUAUUAUUGAUAAACUGGCCGAAUUUGUGGCACGCAAUGGACCAGAGUUUGAAAUGAUCACAAAACAAAAGCAACAAAAUAAUCCUAAAUUUGAGUUUCUCUAUGGUGGGGAACAUGCGGCCUAUUAUCAAUAUCGUGUGGCAGCGGAACAAAAUUAUUUAAAACAAUCCUCUGGUAUUGCUAAUACACCUACACAUUUUACCCAAGGACCACCGCCGAAUAUGUUGCAUCAUCCGGCUGCUGGUCAAAUGCAACAACCACCACCAAUCGGUCAAAAUGACUCAAAUAAUUCAUUUAGUCUUAAUCAACCGCCUCCCAAUCUUCAAUUAUGGAAUACAAAUGCCUCAGCUCUUAGCAAUGCCUCCUCGCAAUCACCAGCCGCUAAUGGCAAUACUCAAUCUGUGGCCAUUAAUUAUACAGCACAAAUAGAAGCUUUAAAUAUGCAGCAAAACACUUUACGUGAACAAAUCCGCCAAUCAGAAGCGAAUCUAACAGCACAACAUACGGCACUGAUGGCACAACAAAAAAAGCAAAUCGAAGAAGCUAUAGAGGAUGCACAAAACACACAAUUAGAUAAGAAAGCUGAAGAACUAAAUAUUUCAUUAAAUGAAUUCGAUGGUAUUCUACAGCCCAUAAUUGAUGCCUGCACCAAGGAUAGUAUUUCACAAGGCAAAAACUGGAUAUUACAGCACUCAUCCGACAGCGCUAAAAACAAUGUCGUUUUACAAUAUCUUUUAAAAAAGGCUUUGAUGGAUGGUACAACAUUUCAACAGAAAUUACAUCUUAUUUAUUUAAUUAAUGAUAUUCUACACCAUUGUGUUCGGAAAAAUGCAAAUGAUUUGAAAAACAGCCUGGAAAAUGUUGUUAUACCCAUGUUUUGCAGUGCAGAUUUAAUCGCUACCACCGAACAAAGAGCAAAACUGACAAAACUUCUAUCACUAUGGGAAUCGAAAGCAAAAUUUUUCGAUGCAUGUGUUAUAUCGAAACUACAAUCUCCCGAUUCUUCAAUGCAUGAAUACAAAACAAAUUUACAAAAUUUACAUCAUGAAGUUACAGCUAAAUUUACGCAGGCCGUUAAGGCACAAUUGGAUAACUAUCAAAAACAACAUAAAAUUUUUAUACAACAUGCCACCCAACAAAUAACGCAGUUGGAACAACAGAAGCAACAAUUAGAACAGCAAAUGUUGGCUGUAGUUAUGCCAAAUACUUCUGUCAUGCCACCAACAUCAGUGGGUCAACAACAACAGCAGCAGCAACAACAAUCACAACAUCAGCAACCGCAGCAAGUGCCACAACAACUUGUUAAGAAUAUACCCUCAUUGAUGGCUCAGAAAGUUGCCAUGCCCGUAAUGGAUGAUAAUGAGCAUCGUUAUGGUAAUCAACAGGGUGGUCAACAGCAAAACAAUUUCUUUAUACCCGACUUGUCGAAACCACCACCAGGUUUUAUGAGUGGUAAUGCGAACAUUGCUCCUGUUACUCAAAUGCCUGCUUUAAUGCAACAAGCACCAUAUGCUCAUAUGAACAGUAACAUUCCAGUCAAUCAAAAUCUUAAUAAUCCUCCUCCGAAUUUAUUAACGCCUGGUGGUGAUCUGCUGGGCAAUGUCAAUAAUUUAAAUGUGGAUUUGUUAAAUGUCAAUGCAGCAUUACAAUUAGUUCAGCAGCAGCAGCAACAACAACAACAGCAGCAGCAGCAACAACUUUUAGCCUACGAUCAACAAGCAAAAAUUUCUUCUGCUGGUGUUAUGGACAAUGAUGAUGAAAGUAUACCGCCACCACCUAGUCUGCAGUUAGAAACUGAAGCUGAGCAAUUACCAUCUGCUGCUUAUUACGAUUUACCCGCUGGUCUGAUGGUGCCUUUAAUUAGACUCGAAGAUUACCGCUAUAAACCCUUGGAUCCUGUUGAUAUACGUUUGCCACCCCCAACACCGCAAAAUGAACGUUUAACGAAUGCUUUGGCAGCUUUCUAUGCUCUUCCUACGCACGACAGACCGAGAGAUAAUGAGGGCUGGGAAAAACUUGGACUAUACGAAUAUUACAAAGUUAAAAAUGCGGCUAGAAAACAAAAGGAGGAAGAUAUUGCUAAUGGAGUGCGUGAAAAGUCGCGUUCGCCCUCACCCAUUAUUAUGGCUAAGCCAGUGCCGAAGAAAGUCAACAAGAGAUGUUAUAGAUCGAAAAGUCGCAGUCGUUCCCGUUCACCUUAUAAAUCAAAAUCACGUUCACGAUCUCAUUCUCCUCUACCACAGCGAUCACAAAGUAAUCGUGGCGGUGGUGGAGGUAAUGAUAGAGGACGUAAUAAUCGCUAUAACCGACAAAGAAGUCGUUCGCCGCGACGUUCACCACCACGCGAUAGGGAACGUGAACGCGAUCGAGACCGCGAUAAUAACGAUAAUAAUCGUUCAAACGAUCGCAAUACAAGAAGAGAACGUGAACGUUCUGUAACACCACCUAGUUUCUUUGGCAGCAGUUUUGCCAAGCCAAAUGAAUUCAUUGAAGAGUCUAACAAAGGACAUCAAAUGCUAAUGAAAAUGGGUUGGGCAGGCACUGGUACCGGUUUAGGUACUAAAAAUCAAGGAAUUGAACAACCCAUUUCAGCAGGCGAAGUGAGGGAUCGUAAGGAUAUGUAUAAAGGAGUUGGUGUUAACAUGAAUGAUCCCUUUGAGAAUUUUCGUAAAAAUAAAGGUGCUGCUUUUGUGCAUCGUAUGCGUGCACGCGACGAGAAAAGUUAAAUAUAAAGACAUACAUGUUUUAAUAAACAAAUUACGCAUUAGUUUGUUCUACUUUUUUUCCUUUAACAUUUAAUUUAAUUUUUUUGUAAAAAUACAAAAUUGAUUUCAGUUUUAAUAA